UUCCAUCUCUCCUCCCCCCUUCACCUCUGACAUGGUGAUGGAGGUGCCUUCCUCUUGGGGAGAUACCUAACGAGGGAAUCCCCAAACCAACGUGCCAUUGGCGGGCGUGAGACGAUCCAUAGGUAUUCUAGACCAGUGCGCGCGGGCUCAAAGGGAAAGAAAACGACAUAAAACAAUUUUAGAAAGACACAAAAACGAUCUAUACCGGGAGCGAGUAAGAUGCAAGAGAUCUCCUACGAUUCACGUACUACCGCACCUUCGACUGUAGACAUAAAAAAGAAGGUAAGCACACGCAGAGAGCAUAAUGAAAGCGAGCAGAUGGACGGUUCGCUGCUGGCCGAUGUGUGUAUGUGCAUAGGGAAGGGGCAAUGCGGUUCAGGGCUGGGUGAAGCAACCCCGAAGCGCAUCGGCACACGGGAUAUGCGUGCAUGCAGGUCUGUUUUAUGCUACUCCGGUACGAAAGAGAGCGUUCAAAAAAUGAAAUAGAGAGCGAGAGAGAGAGAGAUGGCAAUGGCCGGCUGCGAUGUGCUCAUGUUUCCAACUCGGGCAGCAGUUAGAGAAGCUUUUAAGGGAAGAUCUCAUCAAAUGUGCAUAGAAUGGGGUGGAAAAGAGAGAGACAGAAAAUGGAGGAGAGCGCGAGCGAGAGAGCAAGCAAUAGCAGCGAAAGGGAGAGAGAUGUUUCGCGUGAGGGCCGGCGAGUCGACAUACGCAAGUCGUGCUCAUCGAAGCAGUCACUUCAUCUCACACCGUUCUCCGGUACGGACCAGCAUUCGUGUGUUGCGGGUCCGCUUUGAGUCAGCAAAUCCAAUCCGUCCUUCGAAUCUCGUUUCGAAGCCCCGUGCCACAGCCAGUCCCAGUCAGCAAUUUUUGCUUGUGUGUGAACGAAAAGUACAGUUUAAGUUUAAAACAAACGCUGCUGUAAGAAAGUUUAUUUAUGUAGAAAACAGCAAAAAAAAAGCCCAGCUUCCUUAACGAUUCCGGUACGAUCCCAACGGAAGAUCAAGCAGCAAAACAGUGUGUGAGGUAGCAAAACAAAAGCCUAAACAACUUAACUCACCCUCGGAUUUACACCUAGUCGGGCUUUUGUGUGUGUUUUUUUUCUUGUGUCUUAAAUAUUUAUUUGCGCGAGAUAUAUUUUGUGUUGCGUGAUCUCUCGCUCUCUCUUGCUCACGUUACCCGAUACACGGCGCUGAUCGGAGAGCCAGCAAACGCACGCGGCGCAUUACAUUGUGCGGUAGGCGAAAAGGGGUGUGUUGCGUAUCGGUGUGCGAGCGGAGUUUGAAACCGUGGGAAAAAUCAGUGACGAUCGCGAAAUUCCGGUCCCGUGAAGAAGAAGCGGGUUUAAGCGCAGAACGGGUGCGAACGAGCCCACGAGGAAAGGGGAGGUUUGUUGCUUUUCGUGGUGAAAGGGAAGCAUCAGUUCUACGGACGUGCGCGCGAGCGUAAGCGAGACAGCCCGUAACGGACGCGCCUCCUCUAGGGGUGGUUGGAAGAAGUGGUAACAAAAGUGGAAAGAAGCCAAAGUUCGCGUUCUUCGCGCGAUCGCCAAUUUCGCAUUUUCGCGAACAUCAUCUCACCCCCAAAAACCCUCUACCCACCCCCAAGAGGGUUGGUGGUAUGAACCACCCCACCAAAAAUUUAGCUUUCUGUUUAUGUGUGCUUCGCUUUGUGGGCUUUGUUUUUACGCGCGUGUGUGAGUAGCCGGUGGGGCGUUAAAAAACAUAAAUGUAAAUACGGAAUCACAAAAAAAAGAAACUUUCUCGCACAGAACGGAAACGGGUGAAAGUUUAUGUAUGUUUGUGUGACUGUGUGUGGAGCUUGGAGAAGAAAUUUCACGUGACGAUCGCAUUAUUAUGUGCACACGGUUUGCAUAAUUGACAUUGUUGGUUACACGUUUGGUAAAAACAACGAACGAUAGUUAGUGAAUCGGCAGGCGAGUUCCGGUAGUAAACGUUCCUCUAGUAGACCAUUGUGUGCCGCCUCGCCAAGGGGUGGACAAUAUAGGCCUCUAUAUGGGUGUACUGAACGUGACCAGUUCCGGUGCCGCUAUCGUCGAGUGCCAGCAACAUCACCAGCAGCAGCAGCAGCAGCAACAGAACAAGAAAAACGACACAAUCUUCUCACCCAUCAAGAACAAGAUGAAGGUGUUGAAGAAGAUCAAGAAACGCAUGGGACUAGCAACGAGAAGUGCAUCGUCCUGUCCCGGUCCAAACAAUCUGCCUCCGUUACAGUUUCACAGUGUGCACGGUGACAACAUACGCAUCUCGCGCGAAGGUACCGUCGCCAAGCGGUACGAAUCGUUCUGCAAGGGUAUCACCUUCAGUGCGCGGCCAGUGCGCGUUAACGAGCGCGUAUGCGUCAAGUUUCUGGACAUCUCCAACAACUGGAGCGGUGUGAUCCGGUUCGGGUUUACCUGCAACGAUCCAUCGUCACUGCGCGGUAACCUGCCAAAGUAUGCCUGCCCGGACCUGACGAACAAACCCGGCUUCUGGGCGAAGGCACUGAACGAACGGUACUGCUACCGGGGCAAUGUGCUGUUCUACUACGUCACACCUUCCGGCGAUGUACACUUCGGCAUCAACGGCGAGGAGAAGGGUGUGUUCAUCACGGACGUGGAUGCACGCGGUCCGCUGUGGGCCGUAAUCGAUGUGUACGGCAACUCGACCGCGAUCGAAUUUCUCGACUCGCGCAUCUACAUGUUCCAGGCCCAGCAACAGCAGCAGCAGCAGCAACAGCAUCAACACCAACACCAUGGUACGCAUCCGCACGCACAAAGCCAAACACGUCGUCCGACGGAACCGGAGAUCGGUAUGCCGCAGAUGGAAUCGCUCAGCAUCAACCAGCACAACCAUCAGCUGAUGGAGGAGCGGCCGGUAACUUGCGGUGCGCUUAGUCCCACGACCUCCGUACGCUACCACAGCCCAGCACCGGGAUUGCUACCGUUGCCGUUCCAUCCGGUUCGUGGACGCAACAUAAAGUUCUCCGCCGAUCGGUACGUCGCCACUCGGGCCGAUACUGAGUUCUGCCAGGGAUAUGUGUUUUCGCCCCGUCCGGUAAAGAUUGGCGAACGGUUAAUUAUUCAGAUCCUCAAGACAGAUCCGAUCUUUGUCGGUUCGCUAGCGCUAGGACUGACGUCGUGUGAUCCGGCUAGCUUGCAAUUGAACGACCUUCCAGACGAUUCCGAUAUGCUGCUGGAUCGGCCCGAGUACUGGGUGGUUAGCAAGGACGUUGCAUCCACGCUGGUACGUGGUGAUGAGCUUUGCUUCAACAUCACCGUCAACGGGGAGGUACAGAUCAGCAAGAAUGGCGGUGCGCCAUCGGUCAUCAUGCACAUCGACCAGUCGCUCCAGCUGUGGGCCUUCCUGGAUGUGUACGGUUCCACGCAAAGUGUGCGUCUGUUUACGCUUCCGCUUCCGCCGGUUGCUUCCUCGUGCGCCACCAACAUCUACAUGGCGCGGUCACAUUCAUCGCUGGCUGCCGCCGCCACUAGUCAAUCGGUGCGCAGUCUGCACCAGGAGGCACAGGUGAUGGCCGAAUCGGCUACCAUGGCAACCGGUAGCUGUCGGACGCUUGCCGGUGGUUCAUCCACCAGCGCUCUGGUGCAGCAGACGACGGCCACAACCGCUACCGCUUCCGUGCGCCCCGAUAUGAUUCAGAUCAAUCCGGGCGGUACGGUGCUGGUCGUCAAUCUGCCACCGGCCGAUGUUCUUACCCAACAGCAGCAGCAACAGCAACAGUCGUCCCAAUCGCAAGCGCAGGCCACGAUUGUAACGCGCGGUAUGACCACAUCCGCUUCGACUCUGUCCGUCCCACUGUCGACACUUUCGCUUUCGUCACACACCGGCUCGACUGGAACGGUCAGCUGUGAGUUGAUGGCCAACACCAACAAUAACAACAACAACAACAGCAACAACUACGCUGCUAGCAAUUCCGCCUACCCAGAGUCACUGUCGAGCUACAACAAUGCAGCCAACUAUUCGACUGCAGCGCUCGCCGCGAACGGCAUCUACAGCUCGACGAACUGUGUCGAUUGCACGAUCUGUUUCGAGAAGCCGAUCGAUUCGGUGCUGUACAUGUGCGGCCAUAUGUGCAUGUGCUACGACUGUGCGAUCAAGCAGUGGCGUGGCAUCGGCGGUGGACACUGUCCACUGUGCCGUGCCGUGAUACGCGACGUUAUCCGCACGUACAAGUCGUAGGCAUCGUAGGCGCCACACACGACGGGCAUAGCCAAAGAAAAUGGACCGUGUGGAUCGGUAACGAUCCGGGUUACUACACACCAAACAAAUGUGAUUAAGCAGGGGGCAGUGCGUAACAGUUGUGAUCUGAAGGAAAUGGGGAAAGGGAGGAUAAUAAGGCGCGAAGAAGGGAAGCAAGUUCCAAAUUUGUUGUUGUUGUUGUUGAUGUUUGUUGAUGAAAGUAACGAAGUGGGAAAACUCCGAGUCUGAGUCAACGCUAUUGCAAAAACCGGUGUUCAUCUGCAGACACGAGCAGACGAACGUCCAGCGGAUACUGAACGCCAUUGGCGAUGCGAAUAUAAAUUAACACUGAUAGCUUAUCGGUUGAAGGAUAAACUAUUGAGUAGUCAAAAUUUAUAGUUUUACACAAACCACACCAAUCGCACGUAGGAUGGAGUGUUUUUGUUUUGGCAAUGAAGUUAGGCUUUUAGGCUGCAGCAAAACACGCAUACGCGUUUUAAGGGCGGAAUUGGAACGGAACGAUCGGAACGGAGUGUGAUGAUGGUAGCCAAAAAAAAAGAAAAGAAAAAAACACAAAAAUGAAAGGAAUACGCUAUAGAAAGCAAGUUUUCCCAAUCAGCAACACAAUUGACUAGUAUGUAAGAAACCGUUUGUGUACGGUGGAUAGCGAAAAGUGGAGUAAGUUGAUUGAUAGAGAGCGAAAACCAAAAGCCAACCGUAAAAUCGUGGAAUAAGCAUCACGAUGCGGGCAUGUGUGUGUGUGGGUGAAACGGAAGUGAAGGCAUUUCAUUGCAUUUACACGAGGCAGUAGUAGAUAAGCUCACUUUAGAGUGCUUCAGUUAUGCCAGUCAAUAAUCGAACGAGGCCAGUUAUUGCUUUGAGGUUUGUUUUUUCUACCUAUAAUCUAGUUUACUAAAUAGUCAAUUCGACACAUAUAUCCCCGACAGUGGCGAAUAUAUAACUUAUGGGAGGACAGUAGAUUAAAGAGGAAGAGAAAGAGAGUAGGAGAGAGAAACAUGUUUGCCAAAAAAGAAGAUGAAAGAGUAACAAACGUCACUUCCAAAAGAAAGAAACAAAAAAAAGGAUACACUGCUUCGUAUAGAGUAAAUAUUAUCGAAAAUGUUAGUUAAAAUCGAUAGGGUAACUAGGUACUAUAACAGAACAGGCGGUAAAGGUUCGUUUAACCGUCACGAAGAGUUGUUUCGGUUCUGUGCGUUUCUCACCUUCUCUAAAAGUUUUCAUUACCUCGUGUACAGUGUAUGAUAGUGUCAAAGGAUUAAUUUUUUACAAAAACCACAAUUUUCCACAAUAAUUAAAAGCGAUAGGAAUUGUUAGAGCUGUGCCCCGAAUGCACUCACGCAAGGAUCGUGAUCGCGCUUCGUCCGAUCUACUACUGCUCGUUUGCAGAAACACCGCCGAACGCAUCGGUGCAUUAAUUUAUUUUCUAGUCAAAUAGUCAACAGCAAUGGCAUUCGUAUUAGGAGGCAAAACAAAUUAUUUAAAAGUACGAAAACGCAAAUAAUGCAAAGAAAAAUUAAACAUUAAAACUACUACAAACAACAAUCACGGUUUUUGUUUUGUUUUUUAACGCUUUAUAGCUAAUAGUUUCUCUUGAUUUACUGCUUUCGAUACAUUUGUGCGCCAGGCAAUCACGGUGGAAGAUAGUAUUGUUUCGAGUUGGAAUUGAACAUCACCGCUAAACACUAGGACAUGUGUGUCUGUGCGUGCGGUGGACAAAAUGGACGCUUGGUCAGUCAGUAGUCAGUUGGUGAAAAAGGUGCCGAAGCAGCAGUUGUAAGAUAUGGCAAACUGCUAGUGCGUGAAGUAGAGCCGCUAAAGAUAAUUUAUUGUUACGUACGUUGCGAAGAAGGAAUGAUUGUACAUUUGUUUGUUUGUUUUCCUCCUUUCUUUGUGACGAUUACUUUUAAAGCAUUUAAAGCAACCACUAUGGACAAACCGAAAUCUUCAAUAUGAAAUACAAAAAUAAUUCAAAACCAA